AGAUGACCUAUGGCUCCCAAACUGGAACAUCAGCGUAAAGUCAUCAUUUUUAAUUAAAACAUAAUAAGUCAUGUUGAUCAAAGAACAGAGUGUUGUAAGUCGAGGGUCUUGGCUUGCCAUCAUGGAAAAUGUUUUGUGAAGCCAAGAUAAAGUGAGGUACCAGCAAUACAAAAACAAAGAAAUCUUUUUUUUUUUCUCCCACGGACAUCAUUUGUUUUUGUUUUGAACUCAGCUUAAAGGCAUCGCCGUGUUUUUCUUUCGGCGUGUCCAAAAAGUGCAGUUCCAGCUCACUCGAACAGGCCAGAUAAAGAACAGGACCUUUAUAAACUAUCAAUAAACCUCAACUAAAAAUUCAUUAAACGUUACGAAAUAGCAUGAGAGUCAUGCUCCACGAGUGUCGUGACAUCCUAUAGAUGAAAUUCCUGUUAAAAAUAUAAUUGAGAAACAAACCCCCCCCCCCCUUCAAACGGUGCGAGGCGUCGGGGCACGCAAUGUUCCGCGUGCACGUGGGUGGAAGUGCAACUAAAAACAAAAACUCCACCAGUUGCCCAGACACGUGCGGGCUUUUGAAUAAUCUGCACUUAACUCCAGCCUCCGCCCGGGGCAGCUCGCUGCGCAGGUACCGAGGGACGAUACGAAGACGACACGAAGGUUAUUUCGUGCAGUGACAUUAAAAUCCUGCACACGCAACACUGACAAAAUCGAUGUUUAGAAGACAUGGCUUGGAGCAGACGGCGAAGAUUAGUGAUGUAGUCUGCUGAAGUGAGCACUGACAUAUUUUUUGGUUUGAAUAUUUUAAACACUAAGAAUCAAUCAAGCAACUACAAGACCAAGAUGGAGUUUUCCCUGCAUUGCUCGAGGUGGCAUACCUAACAGAUCCCCACCACAAUUAUGUCUGAGGCAUCUCGCUGGAAUAACGUUAUCCACACACAGACGUCCUCUGCUGUUUGAAACGGGAAUCGCCGGUAGAAUGGACCUGGAACCGGGGAUGAACCGGAUAAUCGUGACCCACUACAACCACUCGGGAAAGUGGGCUCGACCGAGGAGCAGCGACGUGUGCAAGACGGCCAUGCUGCUUGUCGUGUGCGUGCUGAUCGUGCUGGAGAACGCGACGGUGCUGCUGGCGCUGCGUUGGAACAAGCGCCUGCACGGCCGCAUGUACCUUCUCAUCGGCAACCUGGCGCUGUCCGACCUGCUGGCGGGCGCGGCCUACGCCGUCAACAUCUUCACGUCGGGCAACCGCACGUACUACCUGACCCCGGCGCAGUGGUUGGCGCGCGAGGGAAGCGUGUUCGUGGCCCUGAGCGCGUCCACGUUCGGCCUGCUGGCGGUGGGCGUGGAGCGCCACGCCACCAUGGCCCGCGUGCGCCCGUGCGAGGCGGGGGGCCGCGGGCGCCUGCUGGCGCUGCUGGCCGCCUGCUGGGCCAUUUCGCUCCUGAUCGGCGCACUGCCCAGCUUGGGCUGGAACUGCCUGGAGCGGCUGCCGGAGUGCUCCACCGUGCUGCCGCUCUACGCCAAGAGCUACGUGGCGUUCUGCGUGAGCGUGUUCAGCGCGCUGCUGGCGGCCGUCGUGGUGCUGUACGUGCGCAUCUACAGGCUGGUGAAGUCGAGCGGGCGGCGCGUGAGCUCGCGGCCGUCCGAGCGCUCGCUGGCCCUGUUGCGCACCGUCGUCAUCGUGCUGGGGGUGUUCGUGGUGUGCUGGGCGCCCCUCUUCCUGCUCUUGCUGCUGGACGUGGGCUGCGAGGCCGAGCGCUGCUCCGUGCUCUACCGGGUGGACUGGUUCAUCGCCCUGGCCGUGCUCAACUCCGCCCUCAACCCGCUCAUCUACACGCUGACCAGCCGCGAGAUGCGCGCCGCCUUCAUGCGGCUGCUGUGCUGCUGCUGCUGCCGGGCGGCGGCGGACGGCGGCGGCGGACGGCACGGGGCUCCGCCCCUCCCGGAGACCGCCUUCCCCACCGCCGAAAACUCCAGCAUCGUGGGGACGGGGGGCGGGGCGAACAGGUUCAAUUCGAUGAAGGGCGGAGCGUGCAUCCCGGCUGACCCCUGCCGACAAACGGAGGACGCCUCCGUUCCCGCCUUUACCCACCCGGACCUCCUGUCCGUGGUGCUGGUCAAGGCCGGGAGGCUGCCUUCGCUGGGCAAGUUCUGACAUGUUCGUCGGACUCAUCGGAUGCUUCAGGACGGAGCAGACAGAAGGGGUCGGGACCGGGGCGCUCUCGACUGCUGGGUAUGUGCGGCAGUGGAUUUACGUGUUGACCAGCAGUUGCUGAACUUCCAUCAGCCUCUAAGUGUUUUCAUUUAGGCGAAGCUGCUCGGCGAGAACCGAAACAUACGGGUUUGCUUCCAGUGAGCUCACUAUAUUUAAUAUGAACUACCUAACGGACCUAACAGACAAGGAGAGACACACAAAUCUAGGAGUACGAGUAUAACUCAGUAGGUCGGAAGUGGUACGGAAGGCAUUAUCUGUACGGAAGGCAUUACCUUGAAAUAGAUAAAGAAUGUUUGUGUGAAAUACAGCAUAUGCACAAACGUCUACUCAAAUUAAUUCUGUGGUUUAAUGUCCAUUUCUUGUAGCUGUUAAAUAACACUAGACGUCUAAGGUACAUUAAAAAAAGAGCCACUACAUAUAGCCACUCCAUAAGAAUUUAUUAUAUAGCCUUAUUUAUAUUCUAAUACCAUUCCAGUGUUGCAUUGUAACUGUGUGUGUGUGAGUGAAAUACCUUGCCAUCCUGCUUUUAAUGUUGCUGCUUUGUUCCUAUCCGGACAAAAGCAUCAUUUAGAUUUCGCAGAAGCUCAUAUUACACCUGGUGAUUAAAGUGGGCAUGGUUAAAGUUA